AUGGAGGCUUUCCCCUGGGCGCCCCGCUCGCCCCGCCGCGCCCGCGCCCCGGCGCCCAUGGCGCUCGUCCCCAGUGCCCGCUACGUGAGCGCCCCGGGCCCGGCAAACCCGCAGCCCUUCAGCUCGUGGAACGACUACCUGGGGCUCGCCACCCUCAUCACCAAGGCGGUGGACGGCGAGCCGCGCUUCGGCUGCGCCCGCGGCGGAGACGGCGGCGGCAACGACGGCUCUCCGCCUUCCUGCUCCCCGCACGCGGCCGCCGGGCCUGGCACGCUGGGGCCGGCCCUGGGGCUGCCCGACUACGACGAGGACGACGACGACGACGAUGACAGCGACGAGCUGGGCUCCCGGGGCCGCUACCUGGGGGGCGCGCUGGAGCUGCGCGCGCUGGAGCUGUGCGCGGACCCCGCCGACGCCGGGCUGCUGGAGGAGCGCUUCGCCGACCUGAGCCCCUUCGCCGGCCGCGCGGCCGCCGUGCUGCUGGGCUGCGCGUCCGCCGCCGAAGGGACGCCGCGCGAGGAGCGCGCCGCGGCGUGGGCGGCCGAGCCCCGGCUGCACGCGGCCUCCGGGGCCGCGGCCGCCCGACUGCUCAAGCCCGAGCUGCAGGUGUGCGUGUUCUGCCGGAACAACAAGGAGGCCGUGGCGCUCUACACCACGCACAUCCUGAAGGGCCCCGACGGGCGCGUGCUGUGCCCCGUGCUGCGCCGCUACACGUGCCCCCUGUGCGGCGCCAGCGGCGACAACGCGCACACCAUCAAGUACUGCCCGCUGUCCAAAGCGCCGCCUCGCAGCGCCCGGGACAGCCUGGCCGGCAAGAAGCUGCGCUGA